UGGCACUGCGUGGCAGACCAGAACUCCAUGCGCCCGCUUCCGCAGCUCACCUGCGAUAUCCUCCCUGAAUGCCACGCGCGUUGUUUUUAAGAAGCUUUUUAUUGUGGUUUUCAGGCGUUUGACGUGUCGGACCGGUCGGGCAGGUUUGUCCGGGGGAAAAGCAGGUGAGGCAGCGGGGGAACAAGGGCGGGGAGCCGCCGCCGAGCUCUCUACAAGCAGGAAGAAGAGGAUAACAUGGUGAGGUGACAAAACGCCUGGACGCAGACUGAGAACAGGAUUCACCUUUUUAUAUAUAUAUAUAUUUUUUUUAUAUAUAUAUAUAUAUAUAUAUAUAAAUCUGCGAAGGACACGGGGAGAUAGCUGAGUUGACAAGAUGAGUCGGCGGCGUGCAGACUCCGAUGGUUCCCUGGAGCCUGACGAUGAGGUCAUGCCAUACAGUGACGAUGAGACAGAUGACGAAUUGGAUGAAAGCUCUGAAGGGGAACCGGAGCCACCUGGAGCCGGAGUCCUGCAUCCCCCGGCGGAUGCUAGACCCAGCGAGAUGGCAUGGAAGGUGAAAGCCAAUGACCGACCUUAUCACCACCUGCCAGAGUUUAAGAAAAAAGUGUUCCUGUGCAUCAAGAAGAGCAGAUACUCUGGAAACGCCAUCAAGACGUACAAGUACAAUGUCCUCACCUUCCUCCCUCUGAACCUGUACGAGCAGUUUAAGAGGGUCGCCAACCUCUAUUUCCUGGUUCUGCUAAUCUUACAGAUUAUUCCAGACAUUGCUACUCUGCCCUGGUACACCACACUGAUUCCUCUAGUCGUGGUGCUUGGAGUCACUGGCAUCAAAGACCUGGUGGACGAUCUGGCGCGUCACAGGAUGGACAAGGAGAUUAACAACAGGAAGUGUGAGGUCCUGCUUGAUGGCAGGUUUCAAGAGUCAAAGUGGAGGAACAUACAAGUUGGAGAUGUGGUUCGAAUGAAGAAGAACGACUUUAUUCCAGCUGACAUCCUGCUGUUAUCCAGCUCCAACCCAAACAGCCUGUGCUAUGUAGAAACCGCUGAGCUUGACGGAGAGACCAACCUGAAGUUUAAGCUGGGACUCAGAGUGACUGAUGAGAGACUGCAGGAGGAGCGUCAGCUGGCUGAGUUCAAUGCUCUGAUCGAGUGCGAGGAGCCGAACAACCGCCUGGACAAGUUCGUGGGGACGAUGCUGUAUGAGGGGAAGCGUUACCCCCUGGAUCUGGACAACAUGCUGCUCCGCGGCUGCAAGAUCAGAAACACCGAGGUGUCUCACGGCCUGGUCAUCUUCGCAGGAGCCGACACCAAAAUCAUGAAGAAUGGUGGGAAGACGAGAUUUAAGAGGACCAAAAUUGACGAGCUGAUGAACUACAUGGUUUACUCGAUCUUCGUGCUGCUGAUCCUGGUGGCGGCAGGUCUGGCCAUCGGUCACACCUAUUGGUACGAGGCUAUUGGCUCUAAGGCCUGGUAUCUGUUCGACGGCAAAAACCAGAACUCCUCCUACAGAGGCUUCCUCAUGUUCUGGGGAUACAUCAUCGCCCUCAACACCAUGGUGCCCAUUUCACUAUAUGUCAGUGUGGAGGUGAUUCGUCUGGGCCAGAGUAAGUUCAUCAACUGGGACCUGCAGAUGUAUUUCUUAGAGAAAGACACACCAGCUAAGGCUCGAACCACCACCCUGAAUGAGCAGCUCGGUCAGAUAGAGUACAUCUUCUCCGACAAGACGGGAACUCUCACGCAGAACGUCAUGCAGUUCAAGAAGUGCACCAUCGCUGGACGCAGCUACGGUGAACCGACUACAGCUGCGGGACUGGUGCUGGAGCGAGGAAGGCCGGUGGACUGGAGCUGGAACCAGUAUGCGGACAGAAGUUUCCAGUUCGUGGAUCAUUCCCUGGUGGAAUGCAUCCGAUCCGGGAAGGAUAAAGAUGCUAAUGAGUUCUUCAAGCUGCUCUCUCUCUGUCACACAGUCAUGGUGGAGCACAAAGACGAUGGUCUGGUGUACCAGGCGGCGUCUCCUGAUGAGGGCGCCCUGGUGACGGCAGCCAGGAACUUCGGCUACGUGUUUCUGUCUCGUACGCAGGACACCAUCACCAUCAAGGAGAUGGAGGAGGAGAGAACCUACGAGAUGUUGGCGCUGCUCGACUUCAACUCCGACCGCAAGCGCAUGUCUAUCAUCUUGAAGUUUCCUGAUGGUCGUAUUCGUCUCUACUGUAAGGGAGCCGACACGGUCAUCUACGAGCGACUUUCCCCCAAAUCCAAACACAAAGAAACUACCCAGACAGCUCUGGAUAUCUUUGCCAACGCGACCCUGCGGACGCUGUGCUUGUGUUACAAAGACAUCAGCGCAGACGAGUACGAAGCCUGGUCCAAGUUACACCAAGAGGCUCAGGUGGCCAUGUCAGACAGAGACGCUGCCCUGGACCGCAUGUACGAGCAGAUCGAGAGCAACCUGAUGCUGAUUGGGGCGACAGCCAUUGAGGACAAAUUGCAGGACGGAGUGCCAGAGACCAUCGCCAAACUGGCCAAGGCCGACAUCAAGAUCUGGGUCCUGACCGGAGACAAGAAAGAAACGGCAGAGAACAUUGGAUAUUCUUGUUCACUUUUGACAGACGACAUGCAGAUCCACUACGGAGAAGACGUCAAUGAGAAGUUGAAGGUCCGUCAGGCCAGAAGGAGACUUGAACCUGCAACUUUCCGUCAGGGCAAAAAUAAACCUGCGGAGGCUUUCUUCCCCGAGCCGGGCAAAAACGCGCUCAUCAUCACCGGAGGAUGGCUGAACGAGAUUCUGUACGAAAAGAAGAAGAAACGCCGUCGUCUACGUCUGCGUCGUCUGGGAAAGCGACCGCCUCCCAGCAACCCUCAGGACUGCCAGCCGAUGGACGACUGGGAGAAGGAGAUGAGACAGAUUGACUUUGUGGACAUGGCCUGUGAGUGCGAGGCGGUCAUCUGCUGUCGCGUCACACCGAAGCAGAAGGGUAACGUGGUGAGUUUGGUGAAGAAGUACAAGAAAGCCGUGACGCUGUCCAUCGGCGACGGAGCCAACGACGUCAACAUGAUCAAGACUGCAGACAUCGGUGUCGGUAUCAGUGGUCAGGAGGGGAUGCAGGCCGUCAUGUCCAGCGAUUACGCCUUCGCUCAGUUCCGUUACCUGGAGCGCCUCCUGCUGGUGCACGGACGCUGGUCUUACAUCCGAAUGUGCAAGUUCCUGCGUUACUUUUUCUUCAAGAACUUCGCCUUCACACUGGUCCACUUCUGGUACUCGUUCUUCAGUGGAUACUCCUCACAGGUCGCCUAUGAAGACUGGUUCAUCACUCUCUACAAUCUCUGUUACAGCAGCUUACCCGUUCUACUAGUUGGACUUCUUGACCAGGAUGUUAACGACAAACUGAGCCUGAAAUUCCCCAAACUCUACCUGCCCGGCCAGCAGGGGGCAUUGUUUAACUACAGGAACUUCUUCAUCAGCUUGUUCCACGGCAUCUUUGUCUCGCUCGUCAUCUUCUUCAUCCCGUAUGGAGCCUUCCUGCAGACCAUGGGGCAGGAUGGAGAAGCCCCCUCUGACUACCAGUCCUUCGCCAUCGUCACCGCCUCGUCGCUCAUUUUCACAGUCAACCUGCAGAUCUCUCUGGAAACCUCCUACUGGACAUUUGUUAACUGCUUUGCGGUUUUGGGCAGCAUAGCCAUCUACUUUGGCAUCAUGUUUGAUAUCCACAGUGCCGGGAUCCACGUCAUCUUCCCCUCAGUGUUCACCUUUACUGGUGCAGCGUCACACGCACUGCGUCAGCCCUACUUGUGGUUAACCAUCAUCCUGACUGUGGGCAUCAGCCUGCUCCCUGUCAUCUGCAUCCAGUUCCUCCAUAAAAGCAUCUGGCCCUCUGUAGGAGAUAAGGUCCAGAGAAACAGGAAGAAGUACGAGAUGGAGCUAUUGCAGGAGGAGAAGAAAAAGGCACCAGCCUUCGAGCGCGGCCGGCGUUCCCGCCGCUCCGCCUAUGCCUUCUCUCACUCUCGUGGCUACGCUGACCUCAUCUCGUCCGGGCGGAGCAUUCGGCGGCGACCGGCGGCCCGUGGCGUAUUCCAGGAAAGCAUCAGAGAGGUUCCCCAGACAGCAGCCGAAAACAUGGAGAUGGAGCAAAACUAGCCAGGGGCGUUGUAAAUAUUUGGGGACAAGUUCAAGGAGUGCUUGGUUUAUCUUCAUUUUUUAUCUGUGGAGCCGCAGCUGGAAAUGGUCCAACGUCGGAAACUCUGCACAGAAUACGACAGCCUGGUCGGAGUUUAAAAGGACCUCUUUCUUUGUGGUAUUCAAGUCCCUUAGAGGAAGGUUAAAAGCAUAGCGCUCCGAAAGUCACUCGUCUUAUAGAAAUAAAAUGAGCGGCUUUUGCAGAAAGUUAAAUGAAGCACUACUGAAUGUGUCUUUGCUGCAGUUUGUGACUCGCUGCAUUUUAACUCUUGUUAAAAUGCAAACGGAAAAAAAAACCUCACCGAGGAGACAGCCUUCGUUACCGGGGUUUGAGGUCAUACAUGUGACUGACAAUGUUGUUUAACUCAGGAUUCUUUUUUUUUUUUUUUUUACAUCUUUUAAGUCAUUUUUCCAAUCUUACCAAUACUUUGGCUGGAUAUGGAGUUGUAACGUUAUUUAAUGACACUUUUUUUGACAUUCAAAGCUUUAGCCCUAUGUCUGUGAAGCACAUGAUAUGUUAGUGUUUUAUUAAAGUUUAAAAAAAAUGCAUAUUCCAGUCAAGUUGUCCGUUAUAUCCAUGAAAUCAGAUCCCAACAUCUGUUAGGAUGCAAAUCCAAAGAUGUUCCUUCAUAUUAAAACAAUGGGCUAAAGCUAGACAUGUCAAAGUAUCCUCUUUUUAAUGUUUUAUUAUAAAUAAUGAUGGGAUGUUACCAUGCCAGGCUGUGCAAGGUGGUCAGAUGUUAUAAAGUGUAACUUAAUUUAAAAAUGUCCCAAGUGUUCUUACAGAUAGAUGUUGAACACACUAUUUGGGGGAUUUCAGCCUUAAAACCUUUCUACAUACCUAUUUCAAACCGAAAUUCUAACCAAUCAUUUGUUCUAUACCUCAUCUUCGUUCUUUUUAUGUACCUAGGAUGCUGUGAACACACUGUAGGGACUACCUACCUUCAACAGCAGUGUUUGCAGAAUGUGAUUUCAAGUGCUCCUUACUUCUAAUGGGGAAACAAAUGCAGCAAAGAGGUCUAGGUUUAUAUUUAAUAAUGUCUUUUCUUUUUUUACUUCUUAGAAGUUAAAUCACACAUUCCAAAGAGAACAAAUGAGGUGUGUGUGUGUGUGUGUGUCUGUGUGUGUCCGUGUGUCCGUGUCCUAUAAUUUAGGAUAUUCGCUAAUCAGUGCCAGGCCAAAACUGACAAAUUCCUGUUCUGACUUUCACUACAUCACCUUCAUGCUAGUGUUAAUGUUUGCAGACGAUGUCUUCUUUUAUUACUGAAUGAAUGGAAGCAAUAGAUUGACGACUGCUGUUCAUUGUACCAGCAACCGUUUGUUCUCUAUCAUCUGAUGAUGUUUUAUCAUGCGGUUGUUAAUAAAAGCCAAGGGCACAUUUAGCAAUCUGAAA